AUGCCCUCGCCGGCCAGCGGUCGCGGCAGCGUCUUCCCCAUCCUCACGAGGCUGCGCGACGCUGCCAUUGAGCUCGUCUUCGGCCGCCACCCCUCCAAGGCCGCCCCGACGGCGCCCAGCUUCUCGCCCUCGCGAUACGCCAACCAGCUGGUGCUGCGCUUCAACGUGACGACCGCCGACGAAGAGGCCGCGCUCGCCGAGGCCGCCGCCCAGCUCCUGCUCGACAUCUGGGCCUUUACGGACGAGUAUGUCGACAUCCGGCUGUCUGCCAGCCAAGUGGCGCCGCUGCGCAGCCUGCUGCCUCGGUCCCUCCACCACUCGCAAUCCAUCCUGAUCCCGAACCUGGCGACGACCAUGUACCGGACAAUGCCGUCUGCCGAGGACAGCGCCGUGGCUUCGGACAGGCUGACCUGGGCGCUGCUGGAGCAGCCGCGGUCCGUCGACAACCUCUUCUUCCAAGACUACCAGCCUCUUCCCGUCAUUGACCGCUGGAUGCGCCUGCUGGAGGCCAUGUUCCCGUCGUAUGUCAGAUACAUCACGAUAGGCAAGUCGUUUGAAGGGCGAGACAUACCCGCCCUCCGCGUCGGAGUGCCGGAGCUGGCCGACCCCAGCAAGCCGCGCAAGAUGAUUGUCGUCACCGGCGGCGUCCAUGCCCGCGAGUGGAUUUCAACCAGCACCGUCAACUAUGUGGCGUGGUCCUUCAUCACGUCGUUUGGAAACGAGCCCAUGAUUACCAAGUUUCUCAGCCAUUUCGACGUCGUCUUCAUUCCGGUAGUCAACCCCGAUGGCGUCGAAUACAGCUGGCAGGUCGACCGCCUGUGGCGCAAGAACCGGCAGCCAACCAAGAUGCAAUUCUGCCGCGGCAUGGACCUGGACCACGCCUUUAGCUUCGGCUGGGACCAUGCCGAGGCCUCGGGCGAGCCGUGCUCGGAGAGCUACGGCGGAGAGGCCCCCUUUCAGGCUUUCGAGGCCGGCGAGCUCGCCAAAUGGGCCAAGAACGAGACGCAACACAACGUCAAGUUCGUGGGCCUGCUGGAUCUCCACUCGUACUCGCAACAGGUCCUCUUUCCUUACUCAUACACGUGCGACGCGGAGCCGCCCAAUCUCGAAAACCUGGAGGAACUGGCGAUGGGAAUUGCAAAGGCGAUCCGCCUGUCCAACGGAGAGUCGUACUCGGUCACCUCUGCCUGCGAGGGCGCCGUGGCCGUCAAGGACUCUCCCGACCGCCAUCCCGUCUGGCCUCGCAUAGAAUCCGGCGGCGGGUCUGCCAUUGACUGGUUCUACCACGAGCUGGGCGCGCACUAUAGCUACCAGAUCAAGCUCCGAGACACGGGGAGCUACGGCUUCCUCCUGCCAAGGGAGUACAUUGUUCCGACGGGAGAAGAAAUGUUUGACGCCAUGAAGUAUUUUGGCGACUACCUGCUGGGGAACAAUGGCAUUGAGAAAUCGGUGACCGAACAGAUGGAGCAUGUGACGAGUGUGGAAUUCGACGACACGCAGGAGACGUUUUCGGAGCUGCGGCGACGCAGGUUGCGAAGGUAG